AUGUUACGCCGCAUCCGCGGUAAUGAAAGUGCCAGUGUGUACUACUGUUUGAAACGCCUCGAGCAUGCCAAAAUCUACCUUAAUGCACCGACCAUCAAAGAUGAAAUGACGGCACUAUAUACCAAUAAUUUGCGCCACGCGGCGGAAUUGCAGCGGCUCUAUUCAAGAGAUCGCCCGAGAACACGAGAAAUUCCUCUCGAAAAACUUCCGGGUCUCGCAAUUGCGAUGAUUCAUGACCCGUCGUGCAAUCCAAGGGAUAUAUUUGACCUAUUUGGGGGAUUUCGGAUCUGGAAGGAAACACACACAAACUGGGCGAGAAUACGCUUAGUGGAGAAGAUGGCUUUCGAAUUUUCGCAGGUCGACUUCAUCUCGAACAGAGUUGCACUCAGGAAUGUCGCAUGGUGCAUUCGGUACUUACACCAACAUAAAGUCCCCAUAUCCAGGCUCGUUAUUCGUGUGUUAACUGAUAUUGGCAUCGAGGGGAAUAUCAUAGAGAAGGGGUCGGUUAGCCGCGGCAGGUUACAAUGGGUCCUAGGCAUUAUUGAGCGAACGGAGGGUAAAGUGGUUGCGGAAAGAAUAGAAGCAGUCGUCGUUAACGCACUACACCAAGAAAGGGAGCGAAGAGCUCGAGAAGAUUGUGUGAGGAUAGAGGACCUAUAG